AAAAAAUUAAAUUUAAACUUAAUAUGAUGUAUAACAAAACAGAUAAAAUUAUAUACAUGUGUUUUUAAAAAAAUGACUUAAUUGUAAAACAUAAAAGACAUAAUACUAUUGUCUAAAUAUAUAAAAAAUAAAACAAACAGAAUUUGAUAUAUAAAUUUUCUAAAAAUAAAUAAGGCAUAAUUCACAAGUAUCUUUCUGGAAAAUUCUCUCUCUCGCUAAGGAGAAAAAGGUAUGAAAAAAAGGUUUGUAAAAGUAUGAAAAAAGGUCCCGAGUCUCUCUGUAGGAAGGGUUUGUAUGUCUUUCUCUCUCUAAGAAGAGCUCCUCAUUAAGCCGCGAAACCCUCCCUAAACCCCCCAGCACGGUCGAACUCCCAAACCAAAAGGCCCAGACGCACGCAGUCUCUCUCUCUCUCUCUCUGCAACUUUGUAGAGAGAGAAAGGAGAACCUUAAUCGAGACCAAAUGUGGGUUCACCGGCCAUUAAUCCGCAGAUUCAUUGGAGGUUUCAGGCCCUUCUCUCGGACUUCAUCAUCAGCUGUAGCGUUGCAGGAACCAGAUGAGCCUCUCUCUUACCUCGAGGGUUUACCAAGACCCGACCCCAAAUACGCAGAGACGAUAAUGGCGAUUCCCAGAGAGAAGUCGGGGAGGAUCACCUCUGCAAAAGAGAGGAAGGCAGGCAGAGUUCCGAGCAUUGUUUUCGAGCAAGAGAAUGGCCAAGAGGGGGGGAACAAAAGGAUCAUCUCUGUGCAGACCAAGCAGAUCAGGAAGCUUUCGGGCCAGAUGGGCGUCUCCUUCUUCUUGUCCACGCUCUUCGAUUUGGAGGUGAGGCCUAGCUUUGAUUCAGAGGAGGUGAUCGAGAAAGUUCGGGUUCUGCCUCGUAAGCUACAUCUGCAUUCAGGAACUGACGCUCCUAUGAACGUUACUUUUUUGAGAGCCCCUUCAUCAGCUAUACUUAAGGUAGAAGUUCCCCUCAUGUUUAGAGGAGAGGAUGCAAGCCCUGGAUUAAGGAAAGGGGGCUAUUUAAAUACCAUAAAGAGAGUGGUCAAGUUUCUCUGUCCAGCUGACAUAAUCCCUCCAUACAUAGAUGUGGAUUUGAGUGAGUUAGAUGUUGGGCAGAAGCUGUUGCUCAAAGACCUCAAAGUUCACCCUGCAUUGCAGCUUUAUCAACAAGACCCCGAAAACCCCGUGUGCAAAAUCAUGGGAUCUAGGGCUUCUCAAGAACAGAAGAAGAAGUGAGUGCUCCUCUAUUUUUCAGGAACAGUUCCGCCUCCUUUUUUGCUUUUUUCUUUUUUGAAGUUUUGUAUCUCUCAAAUAGUCUUUAAUUCUAGCUUCUCUGGCCUAGUAGCUGGCUAAAAAAAAAAAGUGUCAUUUUCUUGGAUAGUAGAUCUUUAACUAUUUAUUAGGGAUUUAUGUAUGUAUGUAAAAUAGGCUGCUGUUGGACUUCUUCUUAUCAAAGAAAGAAUCAUGAAACUGCUUAAUCCGACA